AUGAAUGAGUCUUCAGUUACAACAACGGUGUUACCAACAUUCCCACAUCUGCCUGAAGAACCAAAGGGAGCAGCAUCAUGGGUCAGUCGGUCAAGUAAGAGUGGAGGGGCAUGGAUUGCUCGUGAUAAUAAUGGGGUGGCCCUUAUACAUAGUAGAAGAGCUUUCUCUAAUGCUCAAGAUCCUCUAACUGCUGCUCUGAUAUCGCUUUUAUGGUCUAUCAAUGAUCUACGAAGUCUGCGUAUGGACAAGAUCAUCUUCGAAACGUCCUCAUAUUGUCUCCGAGAUGUUUUCCUCCACCCUGUAGCUAAUGCUCCUCACAGACAGUUGAUAACUGCAAACUUAAAUAGCUUGAAGGGUUUUGUAGAUUGGAUAGUGGAACAUGUGGUUCCUGAUAACAACAAAGUUGCCUCUCUAAUCGCUGCAAGUGUCACUAAGGAACACCGUUAUCAAUCCUAUGUGGCUUCUGGAGGUCCUUCUUGGUGCAAGCCAUGUUGA